UUGGUUGAUAACGGGGUACAUGCGGUCUCUUGUCAACACGGUAAUCAACCUUGCUGGUCCAUAACGAAGAUUCUCCAACAGUACGCCAUGUUCGCAGGUGCCCGAGAGGAUCCGCGCCAUGAACGCGAGCUUAAAGUUGCUUCUGAUAGUACGUGAGCCAGUUACCCGCGCCAUCUCAGACUACACGCAGCUGAGGAGUCACGCUGCCACGGCUUCGUCGUCCUCCAUGGUCAACUCGCCACAGCGGAGCUUCGAGCAGCUAGCAAUCCGACCCGACGGCUCUGUGAACUUGGCCUAUCGGCCGCUGGCCAUCUCACUGUACCACACCUUCCUUCUCCGGUGGCUGGAAGUGUUCCAAAGACCGCAGAUCCUGAUAGUGAACGGUGACCUCCUUAUCGAGGACCCCGUACCCCAACUUCAUCGCAUCGAGAAGUUUCUGGGGUUGGAACCACGGAUAGGCCGACACAAUUUCUACUUCAACCACACGAAAGGCUUCUUCUGCUUGAGAAACGAGACUGCUGACAAAUGUCUUCGGGAGAGCAAAGGUCGAAGGCACCCGAGGGUGGAUCCGACGGUAAUAACUAAGCUACGUCGUUUCUUUGGUGAGCAUAACCAGAGGUUUUAUGAUCUUGUGGGUGAAGACAUGGGCUGGCCAGAGGAAUAGCUGUUUCUCGCGUUUAAACAUGCCCCGUACGAGAAGACACAGUAAGAGAAUUGUUCACACGGGUUCAAAGUCGAAGACGAGUUGCUGGAUACAGUUAAUAUACCCCCAUUCGUAAUUAUUUAGAAGCCAGUGUGUGUUUACAUGAGUCGAGUGGCAGUACCUCGUCCUAGCGCUUAACUAGUGCGAACAAGCCUCAACAGAGCGUCGGCCGGCCCUUGGAGUGAAUGUCUAAGUAGCCUCGCUCUAAAAUAUCGCUCACAAUAUUGGUCACUCGUUGCCAGGAGCAUGCAGGACAGUUACCUCCCAAAACAUACUGAUGCAACAUGACCAAGAAGCCUCUUCCGGUCAUUAAUCUGAAUUUCGUGAAAUUUGCAGGGGCUUCAGAUCGCGUUACAGUAGUCUGGUGAGCGUUGCUUUAUAUCAGUGGUAUUCAAACUUUUUUGUUCGCGUACCCCCAGAUAUAAUUUCUCUUCAAAGUUGUU